AUGUCGAUAGAGUACGUACCGGUGAGUGAGGGGGAGCAGGACGAACCCAUUGAACUACCAACUGAGGAAGACGGCUCUUUGCUGCUUAGCACCGUAGCAGCACAAUUUGCCGGUGCCAGCGGACUCAAGUACCGUGCAGCGGGCAGACUGCGUGGCUUGCGUCUCGUUGAUGAACGCUUGUCGCCGCCGGCCGAAGGCUGGGGAGCGCACCGUUACUGGUGCGCCUUUCCUCGCGCCUCGCCCGAGCCUACUCCACGGCCUCGUUGCUCUGACCUUAUCGUACUUGGUUUACCCUGGAAGACAGGUGAAGAUGCUGUACGUGACUACUUCGCUGCGUUUGGCGAACUUCUCAUGGUUCAAGUGAAACGCGACGCCAAGACAGGGUUAUCCAAGGGUUUCGGUUUUAUCAAGUUCGCCGAGUACGAAUCACAGUUGCGAGCCCUGGGGCGACGCCACAUGAUUGAUGGACGCUGGUGUGACGUGCGUAUCCCCAACGGCAAGGACGGAGGAGCCAGUGCCCACCGGAAGGUAUUUGUGGGCCGCUGCACCGAAAGCCUGACAGCGGAAGACUUGCGCGAGUACUUUGGUACGUUUGGCCAGGUCACAGAUGUGUUUGUGCCGCGACCAUUCCGUGCUUUCAGCUUUGUCACGUUCCUGGAGCCUGAAGUGGCCCAGUCACUAUGUGGCCAAGACCACAUUAUUAAAGGCGUAUCAGUUAACAUCUCGACGGCGUCACCUAAACGGGAGCGAGGCGCGCGCGGCUCACAGCUUUUGGGCUGGGGGUUAGUGGAGGGCGGAGGGCGCGUGUUUAACUGGGCCGGAGACGCGUGGCCCCCUCAAACUGCCCCCGCACCGCCCGCGCCUCCGCUCGACAAGCCCUACCUCAAGUAUGAGUGA